AUGAUGUCAAAUAUUAAUAAUAUAGUGCUUCCGGGACAUUUUAAUCCAAAAACAGACAAAUGGAGUGACUAUAAAGAACAAUUACUGUGUGCUCUCGAUGCCGCUGGCUAUGGUGAACAGAACAUUGAUAAAGCUCGUUCAUUGUUUUUAUCUCAAUGUGGAAAAGAGACUUAUGGUUUAAUUGUAUCCUUAUUAGUGCCACAUCGAUCAACUGAAGUGGAAUAUUCACAAAUUUUGCAAGUUUUGGACAAAUUUUAUGAACAGGAAAUUAAUGAAAUUUUACAAACGGAAAAAUUUCAUAAACGUCAUGAAUUACAAAGUGAAAGUAUUCAGGACUUUGUAGAAGCUAUAAGUUUAUUAGCUGUGAAGUGCAACUUUUCGGACUUACAACGUCAGUUGAGGGACAGGCUGGUAUUAGGGGUUAAUGAUGUGCGCUUGAAAAGGGAAUUAUUGAGAACAAAGGAUCUUACUUAUGAAAGUGCUCUUCAGUUGUGUCUCAACUAUCAAGCCACAUGUUUGGAUUUAUACCCCGAUACCAAGGUGCAGAAGCAAACUCUAUUCCAAGUUUCGGAACCUAUGGAAAUUGGUAGGAUAAAAUCGAAUGACUGUCCACAUUGUGUAAAAUUACACAAAACUGGUGAACGAUGCCCUUUCGCUAAAGCAAGGUGUUACUUCUGUAAGCGUUAUGGACACAUUGCUUCUGCGUGUGCAAAGAGACUGGCAAAAGUACACCAGACUACAGAAUGUGGUGAGGGAAGCUUAAAAUCCUUGGCCGAAGAGAUGUUGGGUGUGUAUAAUUGUGGGGAGAAUAACCUCCCAGUAAUUAAAGCAGAGGUGAGAAUAGAUGGAGUGAAUCUUUCUAUGGAAAUAGAUUCUGGAGCUUCAAGAACAAUAAUAUCAGAAGAAACUUACCACAAAUUAUGGGUUACACCACCCCCACUAAUUCCUACCAACAUAAAAUUGGCGAUAUGGACGCGUGAACCACUGCAGGUGUUAGGACUGGCUAAGGUUCGAGCUACUCUUGGUGGCAAAGAGGCACAAUGUGAGCUGUUGGUGAUAACAGGCAAAGGGCCAAGUUUAUUAGGAAGGAAUUGGUUCAAGCCUCUGGCGAUACAUAUUUCUGGAUUGUGCUGGACCUAUGAUGAAUUAACAUCCCUCACAAAUAAAUUUCCAAGUUUAUUCAAGAAUGAUUUAGGAAAAUAUACUGGUCCAGAGGUUUCUUUUCAUGUACGGCCUGAGAUGCCACCAAAAUAUUUCAAAGCUCGACCAGUGCCAUUUCCACUCAAGCAACAGGUGGAAACUACUUUAAUACAAAUGAUUGAUGAUGGCGUUUUGACACCAGUGAAGUAUUCAAAAUGGGCCACACCUAUUAGUGUUGUUAAAAAGAGGAUGGCAGCUUACGCAUAUGUGGGGAUUAUCGUGCCACAGUUAAUGUUGCUAUAA